UUAUAUUUUUUUAUUGCAGUCAGUAAAAAAAACUGGACGCGUAAUCGUAGCACACGAAGCACCAAGGACCAACGGAUUUGGAGCAGAAAUAGCAGCACGUAUUCAGGAGGAAUGCUUUUUAAAUUUGGAAUCUCCAAUUAUGAGGGUCACCGGUUGGGAUACACCAUUUCCACACGUUUUCGAAGAAUUUUAUUUGCCAGACAAAUGGCGUUGCUUCGAUGCAGUAAAAAAAUGUCUUAAUUAUUGAAAGAUCAUCGUUUAAUCUGGUAAGAUUUAAGAAAGACGGCUGGAGUAAAUUGGAAAGAAAAGGUCUAAUCUGAACGUGCGACAUUACUUCUAAAAGAUUUGCAAAUACUUAUACAUAUGCCUUUUAAUGAAUUUCACGACAUCGAUUUUUUGUAUUUGUGUUAUACUUAUAUAUUUACUUACUUAUUUACACUGUCUUGGCAUCGACUUGUUACGUGCUGAAAGACCGGUCCCGUGACAAUUCGAUCGUAUCAUAGUAGUUUUAUCUAUCUUUCUAUCUUUCGAUCUUUUUUUUUUUUUUUAUCCUAGUUUAGCACCCUUUCCGUUCGUAUCGAAGUACGUGACAUUCUUUUUAUUUAUCUCAUAUAAUAUAACAAUAUAAGAUAACAAUCGAUACUUAGAUUUUCGAUAGUAAGAUCACUUAAAAGAUUUCGAAAUUUUUAAUACAAUAAACAGAAAAUGAAUUAUUAUCGAUGUUUAAUUAUCUAGUCAAAAUCGCUCGUUAAUCUGUUUGUCUUUUAAGAAUAAACAAAAGACUUCAAAUAUUUCCAAAUUAUAAACACGUGGAAUAUAAUUAUUCGUAUAUAGAG